AUGGCAGGGACUCACCUCGGCAGGCGGGGUGGUGGGCGACUCACCUCGGCAGGCGGGGUGGUGGGCGACUCACCUCGGCAGGCGGGGUGGUGGGCGACUCACCUCGGCAGGCGGGGUGGUGGGCGACUCACCUCGGCAGGCGGGGUGGUGGGCGACUCACCUCGGCAGGCGGGGUGGUGGGCGACUCACCUCGGCAGGCGGGGUGGUGCGGUUGAGCGCGGGGGGCAGGGGGGGCCAGUGCACGAGCAGCAGGCGGCGGCCGCGGCAGCGGUGCGGCGGGAACUGGUGCUCCCACAGGUCCCUCUGCGCCUCCCGCGUGCCGCCCAGAUUGCCCGCCUCCGACCCGCGCACCUGGGGGGAAGGGGAACGCGGCCGAGGGAACGUGGGUGGGAGAAAAAGGUGGCCGUCGCAGGUGCUGGUGCAUGCAUGGGUGCUGGUGCAUGCAUGGGUGCUGGUGCAUGCAUGGGUGCUGGUGCAUGCAUGGGUGCUGGUGCAUGCAUGGGUGCUGGUGCAUGCAUGGGUGCUGGUGCAUGCAUGGGUGCUGGUGCAUGCAUAGGUGCUGGUGCAUGCAUGGGUGCUGGUGCAUGCAUGGGUGCUGGUGCAUGCAUGGGUGCUGGUGCAUGCAUGGGUGCUGGUGCAUGCAUGGGUGCUGGUGCAUGCAUGGGUGCUGGUGCAUGCAUGGGUGCUGGUGCAUGCAUGGGUGCUGGUGCAUGCAUGGGUGCUGGUGCAUGCAUGGGUGCUGGUGCAUGCAUGGGUGCUGGUGCAUGCAUGGGUGCUGGUGCAUGCAUGGGUGCGGUGGUGCAUGCAUGGGUGCUGGUGCAUGCAUGGGUGCGGUGGUGCAUGCAUGGGUGCGGUGGUGCAUGCAUGGGUGCAGUGGUGCAUGCAUGCAGCGGCGUGCACAUCUCACCCAGGGCGGUUGCGGGAUUCCCUCACACUGCUGCGCCAUCGCGUCCGCCCAUCGUGGCGCCUGCCCCUUGCGCCCGCGCUGCUCCGGGCGCGGCGGAAGGCAGAGCGCGCAGCACAGUCGUGCAGGUGGGGCGCGGGGGGCAGGGCGGCGGAGAGGUGCACCGCGGGGGGCGGGUGGGGGGAGUCCGUGGCGUGGGGAAGGACGUCAAGAGAGGGGGUUGCGGCGAAAUUCAGUUGGGAAGAGGGAGUUAG